ACUCUCGGUUUUUCUCAUUCAACCUUAGAAAUUUCAACCGGCAACACCAGAGCCUAAAUCUUAUCGUAAAAUCCUUAGCUAAAAUUCCAAAUUUAACAAGCAUAUGGUGACAUCGGAUUUUGUGAAGCAAAUCAAUAGUUUAUUUUAAUAGGUUUUAAAUUAUUUGUAGAGUCAUGCAGCGCUCUUAUCCACUGAUUGCCUGUCCCCUGGUGCGGCCGCGUUGCCAUGGAUUGAUUGGCGGCGUUUGGAAUGGUUUUCGUAGGGCCAUGGCGUCGGAUUCCUGGGGUCAGGAUGGUCGUGGAAGUGGUCCCAAAACUCCUAAGGCCAGCGCCACAUCCACUGUGAUUAGCGAUGCGGGCUCCUAUUCGCGUGGCACGAAUACGGGCGCCUUGGAGCGUCGCAUCAAUCGCGAGGAUAAUAUGUGGCGCGAUCGCAGUUAUAUCGAUACGAAGUGGCUAAAUCCCCGUGAUCCCUCCGCCUAUCGACCGAAUUUCCGUCAAACUGAGCCCACUUCGCUGCGAAAGCAGUUCAUGCGCAGCCCCGAUGAAAUCUCACGCGAGGUGAUGGGUCGCGAUUGGGAGGAGACCGUCAAGUCCUAUAAACGUAGUGCUGCUGCCAUGGGCCCCGGCCAAAGGGGCGGCGGACGCAACGAGGCGUGGCAGGCAGCGGAUAAUACACGUAAUCGCCAGCAGCAUUUGCAAUUGAUGCAAAUGCAACAGCAACAGGAACAGCAGCAGCAACAGCAGCAACAGCAGCAACAGCAAGAAAAGAAACAGCAACAAAACUAUUGGGGCAGAUGCCACUUGGAACCACCCAAGGAUCAAUAAUCUAUCAGUCCAAAAUCAACAGACCAACAUGCCAGUCGAAACUAGAAUUCCCCUCAAUAUAUCCAUAAACAUAUACUAUAUAUAUACAACCCAGAUAUCGGGCUGAGUCAUUCGUUCAGAUAAUGAUAUUGCUAUCAUCAAUGUGAUUUUUUGGCAAAUCUAUCGUGUAAAUGAAAACAAAUGAUUUUGGGAUAUACAGUAUGAGUUUGGGAACUGGAAAAACGAGGAAUUUCACAAUUAAAAUAUAGACUAUGUACAUAUGUUUAAAAACA